UUUCCGUCAUUUUUCUCCCAACUGCAGUAUAAAUUUAGUAGUACUAUGAAUAGUGAAAGUUGAUUGUAGAGCUAGGAAAUUAUUUUUUAGUUUUCUUUGCAAUGUCUUCGCCAUAUGAACAGUUUACUGAGCGGGCAAUUCGAGUAUACGAAUCAGGUUGUUGAGUUUCGUCUGAUGUUUGUUUUAAGUGGCUAUGCCCACUCGUCGCAAGAAUGUUGACUUAAACAGACUGAAACGUUCUUGUAAAAGAAGCAAAGUCUUCGAGUUACUAUCUUUGGCGUAAGUAUUCGAAAUAUUAUCAACCGUCUUCAGUUAUGUCCAAUACCUCCUGGUAUUCAUAAUAUGGGGAGUACUGUUUGUAGUAAAUCAAUCAACGGACAUGAGGUUUGAGUACUUUUGGCCUGUUUGGCUGUCUGUUUGCUCGAUACAUGACUCACUGAAGUUCCAAGGACUGCAAUACACAAUUGUAUUUAUCAUUAUUUUGAUUACAAUUGAUUUAAUAUGUUUCUUCUUGGUACCUGUGUCAUGGGUUUACACAUUCGGCAGUGUGCAUGUAUGGGUAUACAUUCUGCGGCAUACUGAUCAAGGGUUGUGUUUCCUCACUUUGUCGCUGUGUUUUGUUUUCAUAUAUUUCGAAUUUAGUCUCUACUCAAAAGCAACGAAACCCACUCACGGCAUUUAUGUUUUCCGUCCAUUUGCAGCACACAGCAUUGGUUAUUCGGUAGUUUGUGUGGGAUUUUCUGUAAAACGGUACCUGGAUAUCAACUAUCGAGAUUUUAAAAGGAUGAAUGUCAGAAGACAAAAUUACAUGCAUUUUCGAAUUCUUUAUGAAGCUCUCCCACCUUCAUCGGUAAAUGACAACGCUUACGUUCAACAUAGUCUUGAUUAUUUUCAUAAGGAUUCCAUAGAAGUUCACGAAGUUGUAUUGUCCAAUGAUGUGAGUUUUUGUCAGAUUUUUUAAAACCUCAUUACUCUUUUACCUUUAAUAUCGUAGUACAUUUUUGAACAGAUAGAUUACAUACGGUUAUAUAUUCCAAUGGCUUACCAACCUCUAAUUGCUUACAAUGCUCUACGAAUACGCAGGGCUUACAUCAUUUAAAUAUUUACGUGAAUAAGUAUUCUGCUUAUGACAAGAUGUAACUGCUAGAGGUCUUAAGUGAUUUUUUCCACCUAUCAUCAAAAUCUGUACCCAACCUUAUGCGGUAAAGAUUAUUUGUUCCUGAUGAAUUGAUGUCAGAUAUCUUAAAUAGUGGGUCGCCAAUCCUAAUGAUCAAUAUUAUUAGUUAGCGUUCGGUAACUGAACAAAAUUUUAUCACUUUAAUUUUUACAAAAGGAGAUGAAAACUCCCUCGUGGUAACAACAUAGUCAGUUUUGUUUGUUUGUUGUUUAAAAUAUUAGCGUUGAUGACCGUUUGAUGCCUAAAUAGAGAUCCUCAACAACAAACCCAAGAAAACCAAUUUAGUCCAAAUUUGGUCUUAACUAUGUAGUUACAGUCACUUGCUGAAGUGUGACACUAGUCAAUACGUCAGCUACCAUGUUACAGUGACAAACUUCUGAUUUUCGCCGCGUGGAGUAUUCAUUUUGGUAGGUCUAAACCUUCUGGUAUGGUUUAGAUCUACAAUCACUGACUUUACAAAGAAGUGCUAUUUCCUUGUUUGCUCAUUGUUUACCUUUUUCAACAUGUUUUAACUCAGCAGCUUAUUGGUAACAUCAUAGCUCUUAAUUGGGAAAAUAUUCAAAUACUACGAACCUUUUCCUUAGUUAAGAAACAGGAUAUACACAACUGAUCCCUCCCAAAACAGCUCCAUCUCCCGUCAUUAAUAUUUUUGUGAAAAAUUGAUACAGUUUACACUAUUAUCUUUGUGUGGUGUCUAACUUCUGUUCUGUCCCCGUAUAACUAAAAGCUACUUGAUGCAAAAGAGUGAUAAAAUAUCGCUUAAACCAUUAUAGCUUACUACCAUACCAUUCCUUGAACAGGCUGUAGAUUCUUUUCAUAACGAUGCAAAUAACACCUUGGCAUGCCAAACAUUUUCUUUGUCUUGCUCUCGGUUCUUACAGUUUAUUAGUGUACUGAGGAACAUCCCUUAUCGUCCUAUGAGUUUCAUGCGAUGGGCUUGAAUUAUGCAUCUGUUCUGAGUUUAUAAUAAUAAGUACGCUGAGCUCGUUGAAGGACUAAAAUGUGAGCGGUUAUUUCCAUUUUAAUGAUGUUUAACUGACGCUUAGUUUGGGUUAAGUAUGCGGACUUUUCACCUUAAUGUCCUGUUUUGAGGUUUACGAUGCUGUCACAAAAACAUGCAAAACUGAAGUGUGGUUUGUUUCUAAACCGGACCUUACAGAACGGAUGAACAAAUGAAGUUUGGUCAUUGCAUUUUCUAUAUUAGUCUUUGAUCAAAGGUCAACUGACAUCUUUCUCUACUAUGUAGUAUUUAUUUCUACAUCAAAUGAAAUGACUACAGCUUACGUUGGCUGUUUCCGUCAUUUUUCUCCCAACUUCUAUUUAUAAGUAUUUGUGACAGCAAAUCUUUCUGCUGAACAAUUUUAGAAAUUAAUUGUAUCCGUAAAGGGUUUGUCAUUGAUUCAAAUUUUUCAAUGGCAACCCUACUCGCUAGAAAAUAUUAAAAAGAGGUCUCUUAAACUCAUACCAAAGAGUUAGGGAGAACUUUAUACUCUUUGCAUUUCCGAAAAGGAAAUUGUUAGGUUGAGGCUGCUCCUUGCUGUCGUAUAAUCUAACUUUACUUGUUCUUAGUUCAUCUUUCUGAGUCCUUAGUCCCAACACCAUCCCGCAUUUUCCGUUCUUCAUUGUAAUCGUCUUUUUUGAGCGAUAUUUUUAUGGUCGGUUUUCCAAUACUUUUAACACCAAUAAGUUGAAAAGUAUGACUCAAGCAAUAGUCUCCCCUUGUUACCCUAACCUAAAUUUUGCUGACAUGCUAAUGGGCAUCGUUAUCAGGUCCUACCUUGCUCACAAACGAAUAACACAAUGCUUCCACCACUCGUUAUGUGGAAAUUCUCAUUGUUAUAUUGACCCCCGGAGACAUCUUAUUCAUUAGACAUGAGACCACAAUAUUAGCCCCAACUACCUUCAAACUCUAGAACGAUGCGCACCUUGAUUGUCUUCCUUUGUUCUCUUUCCCUAAGCCUAAUAAGAUCGACUGGUAACCACUUGGUGAUAUCCACAAAAUUCUAUUAUCAGUUCUCAUAACUAAUUUCAUCGCAGACUAGGUUUGGAGCUAGGUUAUAUCAGUUCGAGUUUUAUUGUCACGUUCUCUUAAAUGCUGAGUUUAUUUUCUACAUAUCGUGCAACUUGAGCAAGUAAGUCAUCGACGGGUCUUGUUCUCAUUCGUCCUUAGAGUUUCAUACGACCACAGAUCAGGGUCUCAUUCUAAGAAGAGAUGCUCAACCAUUCUUCCAUUUUACCCGGUUAUGCAAUUUGAGUUUCGAAAUUAUUCCGUACUUUCGAUUCUAUGAACUAUGAAAAAAGAUUCCUCAUGUCUAGUGUUUUUUCACUUCAACUGAUACUACUACUUCAACCACUUUGACAUUCAUCCCGAUAAUUUCCCCCGACUGUGCUGACGUGGUAUGGGAAAUCGGACCGACGCAAACGCAUACCAGGUUCUACGCUGCUGAUGACUAACUGAAUGAUAACCUAUGUGACAAAUGUAAUAAAGUCAAAGCCUGGUAGGAGCAGUGUUCUGACUUUUGUCUAAGGUUAAUACAAGCCACGCGGUGUUCGUUUUGGGAAAAAUUCCAAGAAAGCAUUACCAUUGAGAUAGCGAAUAAAACUUGUAGCUCAGAUGGACGCUUUUAGUGACACUGAUUCCUCCGACCCAGAUAGUCUAUUUGCAAGGCAUUCAUUGUCCUUUUAGACAAUGUCUUCAGCGUCUACAUGAAGUAUACUUGACUAACAUUGUCAGAAUAUUACUCAGAUUCUCUAAUACAAACCUUAGCAUUUUGUUUGAAUACUGAAGUAUUCUGUUACACAACUACACAUUGAAGCGUCAAUAUUUGAAGCAGCUUCGAAGAUUUUUGGUAAGAUGUCUCCACUAUGUCUCUGUGGCCGACAGUUAUUAAGUGCGUAUGCAAGACAUUAAACUCGAUAGUCAAGGAUUAGGUUCAUUAGAUGAUCUGAUAUGUUUGUAUUCAUCUAUCAAUAGAAGAGUAGAGUUUUACUGGGUGUUAUAACAUGUGGCCUGCGUGUCCUAAUGUCUUACAGAGUUACUUAUCCGGCAGUACCAGAAGGAAAUACACUAGCCGAGUGUAUGUUCGGAAGAAAAGUCCGGACAGUUUUUAACAAUAUGUUGCCACUCAGAAAGACAAAUAAACCCACGAAUGAGUAUCGUAUGGUCACUCGUAGCUUCCGGGUGGGUGAAAGGAUACUUGUUAAAUCGUAUCAAGGCGACAGGAAGUGGGAACCAGGUGUUAUAGAACGUCGGAUUGGAAGUGUAUUGUACCUAAUCCGGAAAGAUGUCGGAACGUAUAUAAGACACAUAAAUCAAAUUCAAAGGGACGACAGAACAUUGAUGACAAAAAGCCGACCCCCGUUUCAAUUGCUCGUGGAUUCAUCUCGAAAAAGCCCUCAGGCGCGCGAAUGUAAAAGAGAUAAACGACACAAGGGUAAAGCGGUACAACCUUCGAGAGUGAUGAGCCGCAAGAGGAAUGCGGUAACCAAGUUUCAGGAUCCAAGAAAGAAGUCUUACACAACAGACUUUACAGGGAGGAGGUGUGAGGACGGUCCACAGGUGAAGUUGAGGAAGCUCUAAGAAGCCCAGAAGGAUCCGAACAUAUCCCAUCCAAUCAGCCUUUGGAAAAAUAUUCCAGAAUCAUUACGUGUAGCUUCCCUAUUGGACAAAUGCUAAUAACCCCCUAUGUGCGAAUCGGAUAACUAUAAUGAUGAUUCCGUUUUUACUAAAAACUAUCAAUACCUGACAGUUUUGUACGACAAUUGACACUGUUUGGAAUAACAUUCCUUCCACUUGU